AUGCCAUCUUCAAGUUGGAUUUGUACUAAUAACUCAAAGACCGUGCUUCUCCGGAUUGUCCAUCCCGGCGGUCGUGUUGAGCUCCAUGACAGACCUGUGACUGCAGCUGAGAUUAUGUGCCGCAACCCAAGAUGCUACGUUGCGCAUCCGUUUGUGUUUCAGCAACCAUGGGCAGUUGUUGAACCAGACACCGUGCUCAUGCUUGGACAAAAAUUCUAUGUAGUGCCAAUAAGUACUAUAAGAAAGCUUCAAGGUCUUUCUCCAAGAAACUCUCCUUCUCCUGCUCGUGAAAUGACAAUCGGUACUUUGCUCGAUGAAACUAGAAACACGCAAUCCCAAUCCCACACAGCGAAGAAUGAAGAUGACGGUAUGAUCUCUGGUUGUUGUAUCUUCAAGAAAAAGAGUGUUACAAAGAAAUCUAAUCAUCACAAGCAAAAUUCAACGAAUGAGAGCAAGAUAUCAGAAACAAUAACAGAUGUUAGAAAUCAAAGUAUAGACGUAAAUGAGAAGAACGGUGGUUCAUCAUAUGAUAAUUUCAUCGUGCGCCUGUUAAACGGAGGAGUAGCUAAAGCGAAAGCCAGUGAUGCUACAAAGGAAACAAGAACAUCGCCGAGCAGUACUAACCUACGUGAUAACAAUGCACUAAACAGGAAGAGGAAGACAGAUUUAGCAGGAAAAAGAGGCUCGCCUAAAAGAGCAUGGUCUUCUGAUUACUGGCAACCGAGUCUAGAUAGCAUAACCGAAGAAUGA